CGUCUGCGUUGUUUGAGGUUUAUUAUUAUUUUUUCCUUUUUUUUUCUGUCAAAACAAAUAAAAAUAUAUGUAUUUUUAUUAUAUAUUUUAUAUUUUUAAAUCAUGCAUUACGCACUUAUAAAUAAAUAUCAGAUUAAUAUAAAUUUUUAUUGUAUAUUUUUAUGGAUACUUAAGACUUAAUAGUUUAUUUUAAUUUAAAUUUAUAAAAUUAAUAUGAUGGAGACUGACAUAGACCGAGUAUGUGAAAAUGGCGCUGAUGAAAGAAAUUUAAUAAUUAGAGAAUAUGAAACUGUAGUUGAGAGUCUUCAGCAAGAUCUGAAGGCAUGUAAAUUUGAGCAAAAAAAAUUGAGAGAAGAAAUAGAUAUUCUUAAGGAAGAAAAUAAAAAUGCAUCAGAUAUAGCGCGUGAGUCAUUUAAACUCUCCAAUAAUACUGGAGAGUGUCUAAGUAAUGUUAGUAAUCAGGAAAGUAUAGAUAAUUUAAAAAAACAAAUAUCAAUAAUACAAUUGGAGAAGGAAUCAAUGUUUCAAUUAUGGCAAAUGUCACUAAAAGCUGUCGAUGUACUUGAGCAAGAACUGAAAGCAACUCAUCCGUCCGAUGGAAAAACAAGUGAAUAUUAUGAAGAGCAAAUAAAUAAUGUAAAAGAAGCUUAUUCAGAAGCUAUUAAAGUAUUAGAAGCUAAACUUAUUCAAGUAAGAGAUAAUUUUACCAAGCAUCAAACUCUGUGGGAAUCUGCAAGAGAUAAAUUGACUCAGCUCAAAAAUGAAAAGACUGAUUUAGAAAAUAAAAUAGUUUAUUUAGAAAAUGAGUUAACGUUAAAAGAUGAAACUCAUCGCAAAACUGUUGAAACUUUAAAGGCUGAUUGUAGUAAUGCAGAGCGACAAGUUGAGAGUAUAAAGAAUCUUAAAUUAAAAGUUGAUAAUGAGCUUAUAGAAAUGAAAUCAGUUGUCAGUAGAUUAGUUUCUAAGGAUUUAGAGUCGAAAGAAAAAGUUGCCGAAGCUAUUGAAUUAAUAGAGACGGCGAUGAAGGAAAAAGAAAUAGUUUUACAGCGCGAAGCUCGAGUUAUUGAUGAAAAAUCUAAAUUAGAAAAUCGAUUGGCUAAUUUAUCUGAAGAAUUUACCGCUCGCUUAGACAAAGAGUUGACUGAACUGAAGGGCAAUUAUGAAAAAAAUAUUCAAAAGUAUUUAUUUGAAAUAAAAGAACUCAAAGCGGAGUUACGUGACAAAGUAACACUGGUUGAUCGAGUGCAGAGAGAGUCUAGAUUGUAUGAAGAGGAAUUACAAAAAGUAAAAUGUAAUUACGAAGAUAUUUUACAGAGAUCAAAUUCAAAAACUGUUGAGUUGGAACAAAAAUUAAAGGAUGCUGAGUAUAAGAUUGAAAACUGUCAAGAAGCUUGCAGACGAAAGUACGAGGAGAGAAUGCGGCAGUCUGACAAUAAAGUGAGUGAGCUUGAGGAAAAGUUGGCUAGUUGCCAUGAUCGGUUGAGAAGGAAUCAAAUUUACAGCACAAGAGACACCGAGGACCGGGUCAAAGAGGCUGAGGACAGAACCAAAGAAGCUUUUGAGAGAUAUGCUAGUCUUGAAAAACGUUUUACUCGGACUCUUGAAGAACGCGAUGGUAUUUCAAAUGAGUUGAGAACACUGCAGAUUACUUUUGAUCGCGAGAUAACGCGGCGUGAUAAUGAACGUCGGCUAUUGGACUCGCGAAUACGAGAACUUCAAGAAGAUUUACGCAAAGCCAACGAUUUAGCUGACAGGUCAACAGCCAAAGCCAGUUCACUGAUGGAAAAAAUUGAUCUACUAGAAAAAAAUAUUCAAGAAUAUAAAAAUCAAUCGACACUAAAUAAUGACAACAACUCGUCGGUGGACUUUGAAAAAUCUUUAAAUUUAAAAAUAAUUCAAGAUAAAUAUGAAGAUAAAAUAACUGAGUUGACGAAAUACGUAAAAGUUCAUCAAAAAUUAUCUAAUAGGUGGAAGGAAGAGGCUCAAUCGCUGGCUAAUAAAUUCCAAAAUCGUUACAAAGAAUUACGAUCAAAAGUUAAUAUGUUGAAAAAUGAAAAUGAAGAACUGAAUAAGGAAUUGAUGACUUAUCGGCAACAGAUUGCCGCUGUGCAACGUGCCCAUUUAAGCCACAGGUUUGAUCAUGGUGAUGGUGCGAGGUGACAAAGUUUCAAGUUUAUUUCAACUGCAAGCUGUGUUAAAUCUGUAAAUAAAGUGAAA